CUCGAGUAAAGCUAGGUUUGCCAAACCGAAGAGCCGAACCCGGCCUUUAGGGAGAAAAAAAAAAAAAACUCCCACACUUCUUCACUUUCCUUUCCUCUGAAAGAGAAAAAAUGGCGGCAGCUUCUAGAAAAUCAAGAAACGCAGUAAUUGGAUCCCUCUCAUCCACUCCUAGAUUCUACAACUCUCACUUUCGCUCUCACACUGCUUCUUCCUCCUCCUCUUCGUCACCCUCAGGUUUUGCAUCUUCCACUUCCAGCUUCUCUUCUCCUUCGACCACCUUUUUUAACCGCUCUUCCUCCCCCACUCGUGUCAACCUCUGCGGUUCCUCCGCUCCCUCCGUGCGCUUCUCUCUCGACCACCGCUCCGUCUCUCCGAACCGCUCCAUCGCGGUUGCGCCGCGAGCCGCCGCGUCCAGACAGGGGAGUAUUAACCCGCACCAGCCGAAGCGGACGUGCAUGUGCUCGCCUACGACGCACCCUGGCUCCUUCCGCUGCAGCCUGCACAAGAAGAGCCACGCGCCGGCGCCGUACUCCCCGAAUCGCCUCAACGCGCGCAGAUCGGCGAUGACGAACUCGCUCGUGAGAAUUCGCGGAGUGGAGGGAGAUCUCGUCAAACGAGCUCUCGCAGCGUUGAUUCGACCUUCCUCGCACCAGCAGAGACGGCGUGGAGACUUUCAUCCGAGGCCGAGCAGGCUCUCCGUCAUGACCAAAGCAGAGGACCUUUGAAUCGAACGUCGCUUUGGUUUUGUCUACCUUCAUUAUUCCGGGCCACGACGGCAGCGGCGACGGAUCCUGUCGCGCUGGCUUGGGAUCUGACGGAUUUCAAAAUCUAACGAAAAUUGAUUAUGUGUUUGGUCUGUGUGCGUGUGUAUCUGUGUACAUAAUACAGAACUUAUAUUAAUCAGUUGCAGCCAUUGAUGGCCAUUCGUGGAGCUUCUGGACCUAAUUUUGAGGAAAAUGGUUUUGAUUCAAAAUUUAAAACAAACAACCAAUCCUAAAUUGAAACUGAAUACUGGAUCCAGUCUAAACUUUGGUUCACAGCAAUCCUGUUUUGUCUUUUAAUUUAUUUUUUCCGGUUCAGUAUAGAUUCUGUUUUUUUUUUUUUUUGUAAAAGUUUUUAACACUUCCCGUGACGUGACGUUUGUCAUAAACUUUUCCGUGGUAUUCGCUUGUCACUUCUUCGUCUCAGCCUUGUGUUUUUUAUCAACUGGGUCUAUUUUGAAACUGCUUGUUUUCUCUCCUCUUUUCAGUGCGUUUUCUUGGUUGGAGUGAAUACGUAUUUUUAUACGUAUUAAUGUUUUUCCGUUAUGAGUUUAUUUAUAUUUAUGUUGUUUUAAUGGUUGGUGAUUUGAUAUUAAAUAAUUGUUUGUUUUUGCAGGGAAUAUAUUUUGGGUGGCUAGUGGGGGAGGCAAGAAGGAAGAAGAUAACGCAUAACGGGUCUGAGUUGGGUCCAAGAACAGGAUAAAGUUAUGUGGAGAGUUUGGUAUGAUUGUAAAACACAUAAUCUUUAUCCUGAAUACAAUGAAUGAUUGACUCCCUGUAUCCCAUUGCAUGCCAGUGGCUGGAUGAAAUGAUGAAGGGCAAUGGCGUGAAUAUAUUUGUGGAAUGUGACGUCCGGCACAAGAAUUGGAGUAGAAAAUGACUUGACCCUCAAAAAAAGAAAAACAUUAUGGGAUGGAUAUUUCUAUUGGUAAAGUAAAACAUUACUAUUGCAUACUUUCAAAAAAGCA